GCAUCGAUGGUCCCAUCAAAGGAGCUUUGGAGUAUGAAAUAGUCCAAGUGACCGACUCGGGACCGAUCCUAAGGGAUAUGGACUUCUCGGUGGAUCACAAGCACCUGUACGUCAUGUCGGAAAAACAGCUGAUCCGUGUACCGGUGGAAUCUUGCGAACAGUACAAAAGUUGCAGCGAGUGCCUGGGCUCGGGGGACCCCCACUGCGGAUGGUGUGUGCUUCACAACAUGUGCACCAGGAAGGAACAGUGUGAACGAUCCAGCGAACCUCGGAGGUUUGCCUCGGAGAUGAAGCAAUGCGUCCGACUCACCGUGCACCCCAACAACAUCUCAGUCUCCCAGUAUAGUGUGACACUGGUCUUGGAGACCUACAACGUGCCUGAGCUAUCCAAUGGGGUCAAUUGCUCCUUUGGGGACCUGGCAGAAAUGAACGGUGUGGUGUCGGGGAAUAAAAUCAAGUGCCUGUCGCCAGCAGCUAAAGAGGUCCCGAAGAUCAUCACGGAAAAUGGAGACCACCAUGUUGUCCAGCUCCAGCUCAAAUCCAAAGAAACGGGCAUGACUUUUGCCAGCACCAGCUUUGUCUUCUACAAUUGCAGCGUCCACACCUCGUGCCUCUCGUGCGUGGAGAGCCCGUACCGAUGCUAUUGGUGCAAAUAUCGUCAUGUUUGCACCCACGAACCUCGCAAUUGCCACUUCCUGGAAGGACAAGUCAAACUUCCUGAGGACUGUCCCCAGCUGCUGAAGGCCAACAAGAUCUUGGUCCCCGUGGAUGUUAUCAAGCCGAUCACCUUGAAGGCCAAAAAUUUGCCCCAACCGCAGUCCGGCCAGCGGGGCUAUGAAUGCAUCAUCACCAUCCAGGGGACUGAGAAGCGGGUGCCCGCCUUGAGGUUCAACAGUUCCAGCGUCCAAUGCCAGAACACUUCCUAUUCCUACGACGGGAUGGAGAUUAACAGCCUGCCGGUGGAUCUGACGGUCGUGUGGAAUGGGAAUUUCAACAUUGACAACCCAGCGCAGAAUAAAGUCCACCUCUACAAGUGCGGGGCCAUGAGGGACAGCUGUGGGUUGUGUCUGAAGGCGGAUCCCGACUACGAGUGUGGGUGGUGCGAAGACUUGAAUCAGUGUACGCUGAAGCACCAUUGCUCCGUUUUGGAGAACCGCUGGCUGGAACUUUUGGGAACCGGAGGCAAAUGCACGAAUCCGAAGAUUAUGGAAAUAAGUCCAGUGAGAGGACCUCGUGAAGGAGGGACGAGAGUGACCAUCCGAGGAGAAAACCUAGGUCUGAAGUUCUGGGACAUCGCAUCCCAUGUCAAAGUUGCAGGCGUGGAAUGCGUUCCCUUGGUGGAUGGAUAUAUCCCAGCCGAGCAAAUUGUUUGUGAGAUGGCCGAGGCAAAACUCAGUCAGCAUGCAGGAUAUGUGGACAUUUGUGUGGCUGAAUGCAGACCAGAAUUCAUGGCGAAAUCGUCCCAGUUCUAUUACUUCACGAUGCUGUCUCUUUCGGACCUCAGGCCAAAGCAAGGCCCGAUAUCCGGCGGGACGCAAGUCACGAUCACAGGCAAGAACCUGAACGCCGGAAGCAGCGUUUCCGUAAUGUUUGGCGAAUACCCUUGUCUUUUCCACCGGAGGACGGCAGAACACAUCAUUUGCAACACCACGGCUUUUGGGAACGUCUUGGAGAAGAACAUGGUGGAUGUCACCGUGAAGGUGGACAAGGCCACGUUGCGCAAGGAGCUGGAGAAGGCUAAGAUGCACAAGGAGCUCAAGUUCAAAUACGUGGAGGACCCAACCAUUUUGAGAAUUGAGCCCGAAUGGAGCAUUGUCAGUGGAAAUACACCUGUCACGGUUUGGGGUACCAACCUGGAUCUCAUCCAGAACCCUCAGAUCCGAGCCAAGUAUGGUGGGAAAGAACACAUCAAUGUCUGCGAAGUUCAGAACGAGACGGAAAUGGUCUGCCAGGCUCCGGCAUUGACGGUGGACCCUAAUAACCCGUCUGAUCUUGCCGAGCGGCCGGAUGAAUUUGGCUUUGUCUUGGACAAUGUCUUCUCCUUGCUGAUCCUCAAUAAGACCAAUUUCACCUACUACCCAAACCCUGUCUUUGAGGCCUUCAGUCCCCCCGGGAUUUUGGAACUGAAACCUGGAACCCCUCUGAUCUUGAAGGGGAAGAACUUAACCCCACCAGUGGCUGGAGGGAACGCCAAGCUGAAUUACACUGUGCUGAUUGGGGAGAAGCCCUGCGCGGUCACCGUCUCUGAUGUCCAACUGUUGUGUGAAUCCCCAAAUCUUACAGGACGGCAUAAAGUCACGGCUCGUGUCGGAGGCAUGGAAUUCUCCCCGGGCAUGGUCAACAUCUCCUCCGACAGCCCGCUCAGCCUGCCUGCCAUUGUCAGCAUUGCCGUGGCCGGCGGCCUCCUCAUCAUCUUCAUCGUGGCCGUCUUGAUCGCCUACAAGCGGAAGUCUCGGGAAAGUGACCUCACGCUGAAGCGGCUCCAGAUGCAGAUGGACAAUCUGGAGUCCAGGGUGGCUUUGGAGUGCAAGGAAGCUUUUGCAGAACUUCAGACAGAUAUCCAUGAAUUGACCAGUGAUCUGGAUGGAGCAGGAAUACCGUUCCUGGAUUAUCGGACGUAUACCAUGAGAGUCCUUUUCCCCGGGAUUGAAGACCAUCCAGUACUAAGGGAUCUGGAGGUUCCUGGCUAUCGGCAAGAACGGGUGGAGAAAGGUCUGAAGUUCUUUGCCCAGCUCAUCAACAACAAGGCCUUCCUCCUCUCCUUCAUCCGCACCCUGGAGUCUCAGCGCAGCUUCUCCAUGAGAGACCGUGGCAAUGUGGCCUCCCUCAUUAUGACGGUGCUGCAGAGCAAGCUAGAAUAUGCCACCGACGUUCUCAAGCAGCUCCUGGCCGACUUGAUUGACAAGAACCUGGAGAGCAAAAACCACCCCAAGUUAUUACUUCGGAGGACGGAAUCUGUGGCAGAGAAGAUGCUGACUAACUGGUUCACCUUUCUCCUAUAUAAAUUCCUCAAGCAGGAUCCCGCGGCGAAGUCAGAAAAAAUCACGGAGUCCUCUUUUUGUGACCCAUAUAAGAAUGGGGAAUGUGCUGGCGAACCUCUUUUUUCCCUCUUCUGCGCCAUCAAGCAGCAAAUGGAGAAGGGGCCUAUAGAUGCCAUCACGGGAGAAGCCCGCUAUUCCUUAAGCGAAGACAAACUCAUCCGGCAGCAGAUCGACUAUAAGACCUUGGUCCUUAGUUGCGUGAACCCCGAUAAUGUGAACAGCCCUGAGAUUCCAGUGAAGAUCUUGAACUGUGACACCAUCACUCAAGUGAAGGAGAAGUUCCUUGAUGCCAUCUUCAAGAACGUGCCCUGUUCUCAUCGGCCCAAAGCUGCGGAUAUGGAUCUUGAAUGGCGGCAGGCCAACGGGACCAGAACAAUCCUUCAGGAUGAAGAUCUCACCACCAAGAUUGAAAACGACUGGAAGAGGUUGAACACUCUUGCCCAUUAUCAGGUGCCAGACGGGUCUCUGGUGGCUUUGGUGUCCAAGCAAGUUACUGCUUACAACGCAGUGAACAAUUUCACCGUCUCAAGGACUUCGGCAAGCAAGUAUGAAAACAUGAUCCGAUACACCGGAAGUCCGGACAGUUUGCGUUCCCGGACGCCCAUGAUUACGCCCGACCUAGAAAGUGGUGUGAAGAUGUGGCAUUUAGUGAAGAACCACGAGCAUGGCGAUCAGAAAGAAGGGGAUCGAGGGAGCAAGAUGGUAUCUGAAAUCUACCUGACAAGGCUGCUAGCCACUAAGGGCACUUUACAGAAGUUCGUGGACGACCUCUUCGAGACGAUCUUCAGCACCGCACAUCGGGGCAGUGCGCUGCCCCUGGCCAUCAAGUACAUGUUUGACUUCCUGGAUGAGCAAGCCGAUAAGCACAACAUCCACGAUCCUCACGUGCGGCACACCUGGAAGAGCAAUUGCUUGCCCUUGAGGUUUUGGGUGAACAUGAUCAAAAAUCCGCAGUUUGUCUUCGACAUUCACAAGAACAGCAUCACAGAUGCCUGCUUAUCGGUGGUAGCACAAACCUUCAUGGAUUCUUGUUCAACCUCAGAGCACCGUUUGGGCAAAGAUUCCCCGUCUAAUAAACUGCUUUAUGCCAAGGAUAUCCCCAGCUACAAGAACUGGGUAGAAAGGUACUACUCAGAUAUAGGCAAGAUGCCAGCGAUUAGCGACCAGGAUAUGAAUGCGUAUCUAGCUGAGCAAUCACGUAUGCACAUGAACGAGUUCAACAGCAUGAGCGCACUCUCCGAGAUCUACUCGUACGUGGGCAAGUACAGCGAAGAGAUCCUAGGAGCCCUGGAUCAGGACGACCAAGCCGGCAAGCAGAAACUCACCUACAAACUUGAACAAGUUGUAACCCUCAUGAGCAUAGACAGCUGAGAACUGCCCCCCCCCACUAGAGGACUUUUCCGGGAGGGAUUGACACAAGCAAAUGAACACACACGUACACAUACUCACAAACACAAAAGACAAAAAAAAAACCAAGCCGUGCCUCAGUCCAGUUUUUUCAUCAAGUGCAAGUUUCCAACUGGCUGCCAAGGAGAGCUACCAGAAGACGCUUUGAAGUCUCCGAGCCUCGCCCGCCGGACCCACCAACCCCGAGGAACACGUCCUCAAGGAUUUGAGGAACAUCUCUAAGGAGGACUCCCCAAAGACAGGGAAGGUCCAGGUGGGGGUCCCCGAGGUUCCUCUUUGGUGGCAACCAGAAUGUACCGCUGCCUGCUCCAUGAACCGAGUGGGAGUAACGUUGGGGUUCACCUCCAUCAUGCUUUGCUGCUUUGAGGGCACGCCGUCCUGGGGCUCACCCGUGCCGAACGGAGCCCAGGGUUCACGCAGAAGCUGUGCCAGGAGAGAUUUCCUCUCUUGCCUUCAGACAUCCCCACCAGUGUGUGGGGUGGGGGAAAAAAAACCCUACAAAACUUCUUCUCCAGUGGCUGCCUCUCCUCAGUCUUUGCCCUCCAGAAGAGGAAUGGAGAGGUUGCUGCAGAGGAACGUCAUGGAUAGAAGGCCCUCAGCGACCUGUGAACCGAGGGGAUUGUCCACCGAUCUCUGGAGAUUGGGUGGGGAAGGGAAGUCAGCCUUUCCCCUCUUCCCCUCUUCUGAUUUUUCAUACGGUUUCCUUCUUUUUUUUUCUGUUCAGUUUGGUUUGGGGGAUCAAUCAUGGUUACUUGCGUUGUCACGGAAAGAGAGCUGCUUCUCGCAAUCCUAGGUCAUCCGCAUCCCCACCCGUUCCUUCUCCUGUUACGUCGACAAGCACCCCAGAUCCUUUUGCUUCUCCUCCUUAAACCAGCAAUGUCGUCUCUGCUGGGGAAAAGGCAGCUCAACCUGAGUUGGGGCCUGCCCUUGAAGACGCCCCAAAGGGUAUCUCCCGUUUUCUCUCUCUGGACUGCCUUCCUAAACCACCAGGCCCAGCCGAGGCCCAGAAAUAAGAGCCAGCGUUAUGGAUAAGGCCGAGGCCCCGAGCCUGGAAUUGGAGGUGGGGAGGUUGAAGAUAAAAGAGUUUGUUAUUUUGAGUUGUUGGUGUGUGUGUUUGUGUCGUAACCAUGCCUUUCCCAACGAAAUGGAAGUUGCGAUGGCCAUAAUAGGAUCUGUUCGAUUUCCUACCGGGUCUUCCUCUGCGGAACCAUCAUUACAGCUGGGAUAAUCAGUCAAUCAGAAUAGAGCUGGAAGGGACCUUGGAGGUCUUCUAGUCCAGCCCCUUGCUUAAGCAGGAGACCUUAUACCAUUUCAGACAGGUGACUGUCCAGUCUUUUCUU